AUGGCCACUGGCACCAAUUCUCGCACCUUUCUUGUGCCUGGACCAGAUAUCGGUGUCGAGCUUCAUAUGCUCGGUACCAUCAUCUCCGGGGUAGCAUACGGGAUCGUCAUCAUCAUCGCUCUUGACAGCUUUCGGCUGGUUAUGAGGAAGGCAGCGCGCCUUCGAGAAUUUAUGCUGGUCUACAUCGUGAUUAUGACCCUCGUCAGCACUGCGUCAUUCAUUCUGGGAGUCGUAGUGACGACGAAAAUGAUCUUUCAAACUAACGUUCCGAUUGCGGUUGGUCCAUUUCGGCUGGAAAUUUUGCUCUAUCCAGUGGCGUUGUGGGGUGCAGACGGUCUCAUGAUGUACCGCUGUAUGAUACUCUAUGAAGGCGUCUCUCGCGCGUCCCGAAUCGCCCUCCGCUGUCUUCUCGGCGUUAUGGCAUUUGUUCUGUUCGCCGUAGGGAUCUUGCUUCCCUUCUGCAUAUUCUCAAGCAUUCCCUUCAUCCUUAACGACCCAAGGAUGAUUUUUCUCGUCCUUGUCGCCCUCACCACUCUCGUGAACACGACACUCGCAACGUUGGUCACCCUGCGACUCUACCAACAUCAAAGGAGCGCCAGGAAGGUCCUUGGAAGCGAGUACGGCUCCCCCUACUCGAGGACGAUCGCUAUUUGCGUCGAAUCAUGCGCCUUGAUCGUCAUCUUCGACCUCAUCUUCAUCGUCCUUGCCUUCCAACAAGCAAACGCCUCGAUGAUUCCCGAGCAGCUUCUAGCACAUAUUUCCGUCGUAUCGCCAUUUCUGCUCAUCGCCCGCGUCGCCCGAGGGACAGAUGUAUUGCACACUCUAAAGUCUCGAGGGAACCCUGACGUCGCUUCAGGUCGACUGGAGACCCUGCGCUUCCACCAUCCACCUGGAUGGGGGACGGAUUCAACAGACCAUACUCUCCCGACCUACAGCAAUAUCCGGACGUGA